UUUUAAAAUCAAACAAAGCACAUUUAGUUAAAUCUAUCAAAAUUUCGAGUAAAAAAUUAAAAAAUAAAUUGUUUCGAAAAAAAAAAUAUUAAAACAUUUUAAAAAUGGCAGAAUCGGAACUGGUUGCCAAAACAUCUUCGCGACAAUGUUGCUUUCAGCCUGUAACCCAUUGUAUUUUCGAAUUGGAUGGGCUGCUAAUCGAUAGCGAUCGUUUGUAUACACAGACAGUACAAAAGAUACUCGAUCCCUUUGGCCAUAUCUAUGGAUUUGACCAGAAAGUACGAUGUAUGGGUAAACAUAUGUCAGAGAUAGCGGAUAUGAUAAUAGCCAGCUAUGACUUACCCUACAGUCGGGCGCAAUUUCAGCGACUGCUGCGCAUACACAGUCGAGAUCAGAUGCAUAAGGUCAACUUGAGGCCAGGGGUCGAACGUUUGUUACGUCAUUUGCAGGCCACCCACGUGCCCAUGGCAAUCGGGAGUAGCUCAACGAGAGAGUUUUACGAGUUGAUUGCUCGUCCGCAUAAGGAACUUUUUCAGUGCUUUCAUCACGCAGUCUUUGGCAGCUCAGAUUCGGAGGUGAAGCUUAGUAAACCUGCUCCAGAUAUAUUCCUAUUGGCCGCCUCACGUUUCGAAGAUAAACCACGGCCGGAACGUUGUUUGGUCUUUGAACAUUCGCUGUUGGGCAUGCAGGCUGGACUGGCGGCUGGUAUGCAAGUGGUGCUCAUACCCGAUCCUCUGCUAUCAACACAACUGAGUGCUCCUGCCACGCUAAGAUUACGCUCUAUGGAGGCUUUCAGGCCGCAGUAUUUUGGUUUGAGGCCACUCGAAAUGAAAUAAUUAGUUGAUUGCAAAUUGUUUUACGAAUGACUUGUUUUUGAAUUAAUUUUGGAUAUAAAUACAGUGGACUUUAGGUUCCCUUAGACCCUUCUUA